GGCGGCCGAGGCGCCCUCACUCCCGCCGCCCGCUCCAUGGCGCUCCUCGUGCGGCUGCUGCCCCUCGCCCUGGCGCUGGCCCUGGGCCCCGCCGCCGCCCCCGCGGGCCCCGCCAGGUCGCCCUACCAGCUGGUGCUGCAGCACAGCCGGCUCCGCGGUCGGCAGCACGGCCCCAAUGUGUGCGCUGUGCAGAAGCUCAUUGGCACCAACAAGAAGUACUUCACGAACUGCAAGCAGUGGUACCAGAGGAAAAUCUGUGGGAAAUCGACAGUCAUCAGCUACGAGUGCUGUCCUGGAUACGAGAAGGUCCCGGGAGAGAAGGGCUGUCCUGCAGCGCUGCCACUCUCAAACCUUUAUGAGACCCUGGGAGUCGUUGGAUCGACCACCACCCAGCUGUACACGGACCGCACGGAGAAGCUGAGGCCCGAGAUGGAAGGGCCCGGCAGCUUCACCAUCUUCGCGCCCAGCAACGAGGCCUGGGCUUCCUUGCCAGCUGAAGUUCUGGACUCCCUGGUGAGCAAUGUCAACAUCGAGCUGCUCAACGCCCUUCGCUACCACAUGGUGGACAGACGGGUCCUGACGGAUGAGCUGAAACACGGCAUGGCCCUCACGUCCAUGUACCAGAACUCGGGCAUCCAGAUCCACCACUAUCCCAACGGGAUCGUGACGGUCAACUGCGCUCGGCUGCUGAAAGCAGACCACCAUGCGACCAACGGCGUGGUGCACCUCAUCGAUAAGGUCAUCUCCACCGUCACCAACAACAUCCAGCAGAUCAUCGAGAUCGAGGACACCUUUGAGACCCUUCGGGCAGCCGUGGCCGCUUCGGGGCUCAGCACCCUGCUGGAAGGUGAAGGCCAGUUCACUCUCCUGGCCCCCACCAAUGAGGCCUUCGAGAAGAUCCCUGCUGAGACCUUGAACCGGAUCCUGGGUGACCCAGAGGCCCUGAGAGACCUGCUGAACAACCACAUCCUGAAGUCAGCCAUGUGUGCCGAGGCCAUUGUCGCAGGGCUGUCCUUGGAGACCCUGGAGGGCACCACGCUGGAGGUGGGCUGCAGCGGGGACAUGCUCACCAUCAACGGAAAGCCCAUCAUCUCCAAUAAGGACGUCCUGGCCACCAACGGUGUGAUCCACUACAUUGAUGAGCUGCUCAUCCCAGACUCAGCCAAGACGCUAUUUGAGUUGGCUGCCGAGUCUGAUGUUUCCACGGCCAUUGACCUUUUCAGACAAGCCGGUCUCAGCACUCAUCUCUCCGGAAACGAGCGGUUGACUCUCCUGGCGCCCCUGAAUUCUGUAUUCAAAGAUGGAACCCCUCGCAUUGAUGCCCGUACAAAGAAUUUACUUCUGAACCACAUGAUUAAAGACCAGCUGGCCUCCAAGUAUCUGUACCACGAACAGACCCUGGACACCCUGGGCGGCAAAAAGCUGAGAGUUUUUGUUUAUCGUAAUAGCCUAUGCAUUGAGAACAGCUGCAUUGCCGCCCAUGACAAGAGGGGGAGGUACGGGACCCUGUUCACCAUGGACAGGAUGCUGACGCCUCCGACGGGGACUGUCAUGGACGUCCUGAAAGGGGACAAUCGCUUCAGCAUGCUGGUCGCCGCCAUCCAGACUGCAGGGCUGACAGAGAUGCUCAACCGGCAAGGGGUCUAUACCGUCUUUGCUCCCACAAACGACGCCUUCCAAGCCAUGCCACCAGGAGAACUGAACAAACUCUUGGGCAAUGCCAAGGAGCUCGCCACCAUCCUGAAAUACCACAUCGGCGAUGAGAUCCUGGUCAGCGGAGGCGUUGGGGCCCUGGUGCGGCUGAAGUCUCUCCAAGGCGACAAGCUGGAAGUCAGCUCAAAAAACAACGUGGUCAGUGUCAAUAAGGAGCCUGUUGCCGAAGCUGACAUCAUGGCCACGAACGGCGUAGUCUAUGCUGUGUCCAGCAUCCUGCAGCCUCCAGCCACCAGGCCUCACGAACGAGGGGAUGAACUCGCAGACUCUGCCCUUGAAAUCUUCAAACAGGCAUCAGCGUUUUCCAGGGCUACCCAGAGCUCUGUGAAACUAGCCCCUGUCUAUCAGCGGUUACUAGAGAGGAUGAAGCAUUAGCGUGAAGGGCCGCGGGAUGAUGCACGGCCGCAGCUCCCUGCCAGUUUCCCUCAGUUUGCCAAAGAGACUCAAUGUUCCUGAAACCAAAUAUCACAUUUCAAUGUAUAUGGGCUGCACCAUAACGAGAUCUGAGCCUUGGGUGGGUGGGGUGGAGGGAAAGAGAUGUGCUUUUAAUUUUUUUCCCCCCUGAACAUGUCUAUUAACCCACUACAUGCAGAGACCUCGAUGUCACUGCCUCAUAUUCACUUCCAGAAAAGACCUGUCCCAAACGUGGACUUCCCUCCCUGUGCCAAUUGCUCUAGAAGUGGGAGCUGAAGUUUUGUGGUGCUCACAAAACAUGAAUCAAGCAAUCCAGCCUCAUGGGGGGAUCCUGGCACGGUUUUUAUAAUGUUCUUCACAACUGGAGAAAUGGUAUCAUAAGCUAUGAGUUCAACUGCUCUGUCAAAAGUGUCUCAUGCCUACACAUGGCUUGGAUACUUCCGUGUGACCCUGUCCAGGUAGAAAUGAGAGAGUAGGUAGACCUUGUAGAGCCCAGGAUUCCCCAGGUGUGGCAGAGCCGCGAUGUGUUUGUAAUAAUAAAACCAAGAAAUACA